AUGGAGACUGCCCGGGACUACGCGGGAGCCCUCAUCAGGCCCCUGACAUUUAUGGGAUCACAGACAAAAAGAGUCUUGCUUACUCCCCUCAUGCAUUCGGCUCGCCCUUUCCGAGUCUCCAACCACAACAGAAGCAGCCGGAGAGGGGUGAUGGCAAGCAGUCUGAAGGAGCUCCUCAGCAAGACCCUGGACGCCCUACUUAUCACCAGUGGGCUGGUCACUUUGGUGUUGGAGGAAGAUGGCACCGUGGUAGACACAGAAGAGUUCUUUCAGACCUUAGGAGACAACACACAUUUCAUGAUCUUGGAAAAAGGACAGAAGUGGACACCGGGUAGUAACUGCAUCCCCGCUCGCCAGCAGCCAAAGAAAUCAGGAAUAGCAAGAAUCACCUUCGACUUGUAUAAGCUGAGUCCCAAGGAUGUCAUUGGCUGCCUCAACGUGAAGGCCACCAUGUAUGAGAUGUACUCCGUGUCCUAUGACUUCCGGUGUACAGGGCUCAAGGCCUUGCUGAGGAGCCUGCUACGGUUCCUGUCCCAUGCUGCCCAAGUGACCGGACAGUUUCUCAUCUACACAGGCAAGAACAUGCUCCGAGUGCUAGAUGACACAGAAGAACAGUCUUCUCCCAGGCUACACUCCAGGCAGAAAUUCAAGAUUGGAUAGAGUUGCACUUUGAGGGGCUCAGCCGGCUUUGACCCAUUCGUUCCCUCUCAAAUGACAAAUUUUCAAGAUGCUUACGUUCCCUUAUGCACAAUAUACACAUGCACUUGUAGGCUGUCCAUCACUUCUGCUCAGGAGUGACACUGGGGUGAAAAGAAAGGGGUUUGAUGGCACACAACAUGAGGUCUGUGCAGCAAGAGGCCCUGAGGGAAGGAGACAUGUAGGGGCCCAAGAUCAGGAAUGUCUUGGGUGGCUAAGGAGCAACAUGCACAUACAUUAGGCCCUUUUGGCUCCUCACCUCUUGAAAUAAAUUGA